AUGUCUUCUACAUCCCGCAAUCCAGGCAAUUGGCACUGGACAAGUAAAGAUUGUUUUCCAUGGACAAAAUCAUACCUAUCAGAAAAACUUAUUAUAUCGGCAGAAAAAGAGGGAAUAACGGCCUCUAUAGUCAAAUUAUCGAGUUGUUCUGGAGAUGUAGAUGUUGCUAUGAGAAAGGGGAAGGUUAUUACUAUUUAUGAUCUGGAGAUUUCUCUUGAAUUUAAUGGAAAAAUUCCGGGAGACAUUGAAGUUUCAGGCUCAAUAACGAUUCCAGAAGUUUCUCAUGAUAAUGAUGAAUAUCUGUUUAAUAUAGAAAUAUUUUCAGAAACAAAGGAAAAUCAAAUAAUAAAAGGUUUUAUUAGAUCAUAUAUUGUUCCAGAACUUAAGGAGCGGCUAAGAUUUUUGGGGCAAGCUCUUAUAGAUGCACAUGGAAAAGAUGUUCUUUUAUUGAUUGAUAAGAAUACGGCGUCCAAUCCUUCUACUCCUAAUGUAUCAUAUGCCAAAUCGCAGAAUGGUAUUAGGGCAUCUACAUUGUCAGGGAAGGAAGGAGUAGAAGAAAAAACGAAGGGAAAAUGCUCAAUUAUUAAUACAGUAGAAAUUUCGGAAAAUAUCGACUUUCAAGCAUCUACUUCUCAAUUAUAUUCAGUUUUUCUGGAUCAUUCUCGUUUAGAAAUAUGGACUCGAUCUAAGGUAGAAGUUGAUCCUAAAGUUGGAGGCAAAUUUUCUUUUUUUGGAGGGAAUGUUCAAGGAGAAUUUUUAGAGCUUGUUGAAUCAAAACUUAUUCUUCAAAAAUGGAGACUUAAAACUUGGCCGGAAGGUCAUUAUGCUGAAUUGAAAUUAUUGUUUGACCAAAGUAUUGAUGGGACUUUAUUAAGGAUGAAAAUGAGCGAUGUACCUGUUGGUCAAGAAGAUGUAGUUAAAUGCAAUUUCCAAGAGUAUUAUGUUAAACCUAUUAAAACUGUGUUUGGUUAUGGCUCGGUGUUAUAAAAAUUGUUUUUUUUGUAAAAGAAAUUUAAAGAUAGAAAUGUAUCAUAACAAUAACAUUCCAAAUACCAA